CUUCACUCGGCUCAGUCCUGUGUACGAUACCCUUCAAAACUUGUAUACCUAAGAUCACACGAUUUUGAGACACAUCAACCACUGAAUGAGCUGCGACGACUGACGACGACUCCAACACAUACUAUUCACGACUUUCUCACAUGGAUGACUCAGAGUCUUCUCACUCGCCUCUAGAUGACACGCCAGUGCGGUCUCGCAGAGACUCGUCGGACCAGCCUCGGAGAGGCCACCGGUCCUCGAGGGACCGCGACAAGCUGAACAUGGGGAGCUCGUCAAGAGAGCUGGCUCGUCUCUUGGUGUAUCAGGAACGCGAGGCGAAGGAUCUCCGGAAGAUGCUCUCCUCCGUUACAGAACAGCUCAAAGCCGAGACGCAGCGCGCCGACGAGGCGGAGAUGAGAGCUAGAGAGGCGGCAAUUCGUUUCAAGUCCAUGAACGAUGCAAAGGUGCAGGCGCAGCAAGAUUCGGAACGCAAUAAGCAGACUUUGGAGCUGUACAAGUUGCAGCUGGACAACGCUCAGAGAGAGAUCAAUAAGGCUCAGCAAAUCAUAGACGCCAUAGAGGCACAGAGAAUUGAGGCGGAGGAGGUCGCCGCCCGCGCGAGGACGACUGCUCGCAGGCUGAAGGAGGAGAAACUAGCGACGCUCGCGAGAGAGGAAGGUAGGCGAGAGGGCUAUGAAGAGGGGUUAGCGCAAGGGCGCAAUCUGGGAUUCGAAGAAGGCCGUGCCGAGGGGUACGCGCGGGGGCGUGCCGCUACAGCACGCUCAGUGCGUCGGUACGCCGACGAACUGGCGGAAUCGCCGGUCGAUGAGCGUAGUGUCGUCGACGAGCCGGGCACACAGCACGCUGGCAGUGGCAGCUCGCCAGACGAGUAUGGGUCACGGCCGCCUUCAGGAUACGUGCAAUCUUUGCGCGAGGGCUCUCCUGGCCCUGAACGAGCGAGAUCUCCUGGUCCAAACCGUGUCAGAACUCCCGGGCCACUGCCAGCUGAACCGCCCAUAGUCAAGGAUCCCGAAAUCCGACCCAUCCCUGUCCACUACGCGCAGUCGCCCGGACACCCGCCGAUGGACUUCCCACCUGACAACUUCAUACCGAAGAUGGACGAAGAUGGGCGUAUACGCCUGCCCCCGCAGCACGAGAUGGGCCCGCCGCCGCCGACCCCAUCACCUCCUCCGUCGCUUACUCUGCAGCAUGCCCACAACGAAAGACCUCUGAUGGUACCGCCUCCGGGAGGCGAUAAUAUGGACAACGCGAUGACGUCUGACUCCGAUGCAUCGACUACGACUGCACCUGUUCGCCCGCGCCAUCGUAGACGAAGAUCAACAGAGUCAGAGUCAACGACCAUGUCUCAAUUCGAGAUUCUUGGACCUCCUGUGGCACCAUCUGCACUCAACAGGACCAGAGAGCGGCCUCAUGUUCUCAGUGCCAUUGCUGAAGAGAGAGAACGAUCCUCUUCUAUGUCGUCACCCAGUAUCGGUGGUCACGGGUCUCCAUUUGUACCGUCUUCGGGUUCUACUUUCUAUCAACCGCUCAGAGCGCAGGCGUCCAUUAGCUCAAGCCUGGGACACUAUGAUGACAGCAGGAACCAGAACUAUUACACGAAUCCUCGUGCUCAUACAUCUUCGCCUGACUCUACGCGUAUCAUGAAUAUUCACGCCCCCGCUUCGCCGUCUUCCUUGCGCCCACCUUCGCAGCCGAGGCACAGCAGAACUUCGAGUCUCUCACCGGACUUCAACAUUGAGGUUGAACCGCCGUCUGGGCCCGAGUCCGUCAAUUCAGAGUCUGCGCCCAUGACUCCCAACUUACUCAGUGCAAAUAACCUGCCACCUAUGCCUCCUGCUGAACCAACCGAGCCCGUACAACAUGUUCCCGCUCAGGUCAUGAGCAUGCCUGGCGGCAUGCCUCCACCGCCCGGCCAGGGGUCCGUUCCUAUAUUCACUGAUGGCCAGCUCCCUCCUGGGUUCCAGCCUAUUGGUCCGCCGAUGCCCCAAAGUGCGUUCUCGCCUAUGGGCGGAUCGCACCCCGGCUCCUUCCAAGGGUCACUAGGUCCAGCAGGCGUCCCUCUGCCACCGUCCACGUACGGCGGGACCCCAUCGGUAGUAAGCACAGCCCCUCCUGGCAACUAUCCUGCCACGGAACCGGUCAUUCCGCACUUGAUGCCCACAGCGACGCCUUCUGCUGGAGGACAAUCUGCGGUCAGGUACAGCCGAACCGCCCUACGAGAUUCGUCGUCGGAUUCAGACGACGCGGUUUCGUCUGCCAUGGGCUCUGUUGACUCACUCACUACUCCGCCAUCUCGCCACAAACACCUUCCCCCAAAGCCCGCAACACCACUGUAUCAGGAGGCGCCGAUACCGCCCAAUGUUGUGUAUCCCGUGCCUCCUACGCCACGAUCAACAAGUUCGCGUGCGACGACCGCUGCUAGAGUUCCGUUACCUCCGUCCGCAUCUGCGUCUGUCACGAGCCCGACGUCUACUGCUGGGUAUCCGUACUCCCAAACGUCGUAUAGCCGAAGCAACGUAGCCCUCGACGCGGGUAGAACGCCGGUUGCCACGAGCAGGCCCAUGUCACCACUCAUGGGUAGUGCGAGGGGCACGUCUACACCACUGCCAGUGCAAUCCCCUCGGAUGUCACCGUAUGACAUCCGAACUGGUAGUCCAGAGUAUGACUUGACGCGCGCAAAUACUAUGGCGAACGCGCUUCCGCCUCAGGCAUCUCCACGUGCAAGCACGGCUCCCCUGGGCUCGCCUGUAAUCCCUGAACCGUCUUUGGCACCAACAGCGAGCACCGCGAAGGGCAAGAAGACAAAGAAGAAGAAGGGGAAGUAGUUUAUUGCCUUGCCAUUCUCGGUACUCCAGUGCUAGACAUCGCUCACGCGGGCUCCCGCUUGUAUCAGUGAGUCUUCGGUCUGAGUUCCAUGUGGUUCAGCGUAGAUCGUGUCACGGCAUGACGGCCCUUGUAUAUUGCUCAUUAUAUGUCCAUAGAUUGCAGGAUCGCAUCCAGCAAAGUCACUCUUUCACCUGUCUUCCCCGCUUCACGAUACGUGAUCUGGAACAUGUACAUUAGGUCAUAUACUGACUACAAUAGGCAAAUUCGGCAAAGCAGGCUGUCCCAUCCCGCCGAUUGACAAUCCGAAUACCGGUUCUGCUCACAGACUCAAGGCUCGGGGCUCAAGCGGUCACCGGUC